AUGGAUAUACGAAAGCGUCGGACACCGAUGGAGACGUACUUUGACGGGUUGCAAGAUUGCCCUACAAAACGAACGAGAGCUUUCGAGUUCUACCAGAAAUUGCGCGCUUUCUACAAGAAAAAAUGGAACGCACCGCUGAGGCCACCAUAUGUUCACGGAGUCGAGGUCGAUCUUUUCAAACUCUACGAGACAGUGAUGGGCAUGGGUGGAUGGUUAAAGACUUGUCAAGACGAUAAAUGGUUUGAAGUGGCCGAAAUUCUUGGUAUCACCGAUGAUUGCUUUAUGGGGGAUCACGGAGUGAAGACGUUGUAUCUAAGAUACCUUUCGAAAUAUGAGCAAAACGAGACGAUUGGUGACAUCGAUGACAUGCUCGAUAACGAAUUCGGAAGAACAGUCGCUAGAAGACAGUUUUCCUCUUUUGUGCCAAACGAGUGCCCGAUUUCGAUACCAUUUCGGCGUGAUACUGCUUCGACUUCACAUGAGCCAAAUUACACUCGUCUUGUUCGAUCGAUGAUUUCCGGAUUACCAAAUGAGGUGGACUUUGCGUUGAAUAUUUGCACUCUUUUAUCUCACCCGGGUCCCCGUUUGAUGCGAGUCAGCAAUGCGAAUGGACUUUUGACGUUAUUGGUGGCAGCAACCGGGGUUUUUGAUGAAUAUGAGGAGGAUCUUGCCGCUUUACACAAAGACCUCUGGACGAAAAACAGCGACCAUGAUUUUUUCCGCUUUUGGGCAACUUCGGGCUUGGGAGAUGAGGAAUUGGAGAUCUUGGUGCCUCAUGUCGCUUCUCAUCGAAACAACGAAAGCUUCUCGCUUUUCAUCGGCCUCAAUCCAACGUUCAACCCAAAGGACCCCGUCUCUUGGCGUGUACAGCAAGUUCUGACGAUCAUUCGAAAUCUCUCCUUUGAGUCGGUCAAUCGGGUAAACAUGGCUCAACACUGGCCCAUUAUGAAAUUCCUACUCUGUUGUGCCAAUUGCAAAUACCCGCCAUUGUUUACAAACGCACUGGAUGCGCUGGGCAAUCUCGCUUGUGAUAUUGAGCUCACCUGGGAAAAGCUGCAAUACAGCGCUAAACAUUUGCUGCUUGAGACGAUGAGACGGGGAAUUUUCAGCGAUGAUAAGUUCAAGGUGAUGCGCUGCAUGGAAUUGCUGGGUGGUUUGUCGACGCACGAGAAGAACGAAUCAUUGUUGAGCGAUUUCCUCUCGACGCCUCUUUUCAGUCGAAUCAUUGACAUGCUCGGUGUACGGGAUAUCAUGAUGUGUGUCUAUACGCUUGAAUGUUUAUAUCAGCUUUCCGAGAUUGGUCCAUCCGUUUGCGAGGCGCUCGCCGUGGUGCCGAAUUUGAUCAAAAUUCUCAUCUCAAUGACUACGAUUGAAGCGGUUUCUUUUGGGAAAGAGGGACUUGUCGGCAUGAAAGUUGUCGAAUAUCACAAUCCUCUUGCCGGUCCACCACCAUCACUCUCCAUGCCACAACAAGCACAUCCCGUUACCGCUGCACAGACACCACAUCUACAAGCGACGCCACGAGUCGCCCUACAAGCAGCCGUUCGUCCAACACUGCCCCAGUCGGCCGCCCCAACACCAAUUUUGCAACAAGCCGCCUUGCCGCCAGUUCAAGCACCGGGUCAUGUGCCCAAUCACGUUCCAACUGGACAAUUCGGUUGCGAUCUCAACAUCGAGCGGCUUACUUUCAACUGGAUUCGUCAGAAUUGUGUGUAUCAAGCCGGCUCGUGGACGGCUCGCGGCGAGCUUUAUGCAGCUUAUGUGGACGAUCUCCGUAAUCAUCAUCACUCGCUUUCCGGCUCGCUCAACACUUUCUCUAAUAUCAUGGCAUCAAUUUUCCCCGAAACCGUCUUCAAAAUGGCCGAAUCGUCGCAAACACCGUUGAUGGCCGCGUUGGGGAUACGCUUGGUGAAACCACAUAAACUCGUCACUCAACAAGGGGCAAUGGUCACUCUUGGUGGAGCUCAAACGACAAUGACGUUGAAUUCGAUUAACUGCCAGGUUGGUGGCCCUUCACCCGCAGCAGCUCCACAUCCAUCACCGUCUCCGAGUGUCUCUGCGUAUCCAGUGAUGCAACAGAUGCUUCAACGGCCAAAUGGUGUUCCAAACGGACUGCCGCCAGCCAGGCGUCCGUCACUUGUUUCCGGACCGCCUCCAGCACACUCGACACCGAUUCUGAUGGACUCUAAGCCUAGCCCAUUACCACGUCCACCAUCUAAUCAAGUUUGCGCUACUGUUGUCGAGGCUCGGGAUCUCAUUGAUGAGACGAAACAUGAAACGAUAAUCACUCGAGUGGAAAAUGUGAACUGUUCGGACCUUCAACGAGGAUCAUCUUCACAAGCGCCCGGUGAAAUAAACGAACAAACGGAAGAUGUAAAGCCUGCAAAACUUGAUCAACGAAACACUUCGCGGAACUCAUCUUCUGUGGAACCAGCAGAAACAAAAGAGAACAAAGAAGCAAAGACGACUUCCAAAUCAGCCGAUCGAUCAAUCUCUCGACCGGGUGCCCCCACUGGCGAUUGUAUGUGCGAAUGGGAUGGAUGCGGGAAACUG